AUGCCAACGACUACAGCUGCCCCAACCAUCCAACCAGUAGUGAUUUUUGCAACAUCGUUUGUCAGCGGGAUUGCAUGGAGCACUGACUACACAAAUCCUAAUUCCAACAGUUUUAAGACUUUGGCCACUUCGAUUUCCAACAAUAUUACUAGUGCUUAUUCUCAAAACAAAUUUGGAACAGCACCUCUUUCCACGCAAAUCAAUGCAUUUAAACAAGACAAUAAUGGUGUUGACUUCUAUGCUGAAUUGAUUUACCCUGAUACCACUGCAACCACAACAUCUGUCACCAACGCUUUAUCUUCAUUGGGUUAUAUGACGAAUGCUUUUAGUUCGUUCAAACCUAUCUUAUCAUAUUUUAUUCAAAACAAUUUAGUAUCAUCUACUUCUCAAUGCUCCGGACUAGCCUCACCAUUACAAGGUGUUACAACCAACCCUACUUUAAACCCAUCAAAUGGCCCACUCGUAACAACACAACCAAUGAUCAUGGGUGCAGUAUGCGAUGCUUCGAAUAUUGCUUUAACCAACAUUUUCUUGGUCGACGUUUCAGUACCCAUUAUUGGAACAUUGGACGAUAAGCUCAGCAAAAUCUCUGCUUAUCUUAACAAUGCCGCAUCGCUGGUGAAUUUAGAUCAAACAAACCGAUGGAAUAACCAGGAGUUUCGUCUUGUUGUUUAUGGAGCCAACGAACCAAUUCCGCUGGGUCGUGCGCGCAGUCAAAACUCAUGGAACAGCGUUGUCGCUAAUCUUAACUCUACUGUGGUCAAUCCAGUCAACGCAGAUGGCCACCAACUGACUGAUGCUCUACGGUUUGUGUACAACAACUACCGCACACUUCCAGGAGUUGCAGGAAACAUUAUCGUUGUUGCAGAUGGCUUCGAUUUCGAUGAGGCACAAUCAUCUACUACAAUAGCAAAUGCUCUGAAAUCACAGUAUUUCUACUCUCUAGGAGUUAUUCUAAUGUCGACGUCCCAAGCGCAACAAGGAAUUGUUCAACAACUAGCUUCGGAUUAUGCAUAUUUUUAUCCAAUUGACAGUGUGGACUAUUUGAUGAACACAGCUGUAUUGCAAACACAAGCCCAAUGGAUAUGUAGUGCUUAUUAUCCAACUGCAGCUCCACCAACACCUCCGCCCACAAGACUGCCACUGAUAACAACUCAAGGAACAACCACGAUUCCGAAUGCAAGAACUACUGUUAACCCCUUGUUGCCGCCCAUCGCCCAGUGCAAACAGAACGUGCUUUUUUUGAUCGACCAAUCUCAAACAUUAUUGUUGGAUGGCGGAUACAGCAAUGCAAUCCAAUUUGCAAAGAAUACCGCUAAUGCACUCUCCAGUUACAACCCCCAAACAACGUUUGCCUUUGUUGUGUUCAAUGGCUUUGUUGUAUCCGAAUCGGUAACUAAUGAUUCAAUCAUGCGUGUGAUUUGUUAUUAUUAUUUUAAGAGUCAAUACGACAAUCUUGCAACGUUUGUCAGUUUGCUAAGCAACGUUCCACAAAGUGUUGGAACUUCUGACGUGACUGUAAAUGACUAUAAAGGAGUGAUUCCGAACGUUUACAACACCACUCUGAAUAUUCGAUCUCAGAUGCAAACUCAAAUCAUCGGAGUCGAUUUGAUCGAAACAAUGCAAAGCAAAAACAACGUUCAAAAGACUAUCCAGUACGGAGUCUAUGAUGAUAAUGCGCAGUCCAUUUAUGUUGGCGUCGCACAGCCAAGUGAUGUACUUGACCCUAAGGUUACGAACAGCACAAACUAUCAGCUCACAUGCAAAGACUCUUCAAACUGCUACGUAGGGCUUACUUUUGUGAUUGAAACCUCCCAAGCUGAAGGCUCAAACUAUGUCGAUGUGCAAACCAGAGCUGUUCUCAAUGUCUUGAGUUAUUAUCAAUCAAUGAUUUCACCCUUCAAAAUGUCUGUGUCGAUGAUUUACUUCUCUGCUCCUGAUAAUUUGAUUCCAAACCAGUCCGGCCAGAGCGCAAGCCUUUUUGAUCAAGUGACUAAUGCUAUGUCAGCUAUCAAUACACUCAACAUCACUGUUUUCUCGCUUGGGGCAGCUUCGGACCUCCAACUUGGUUUCUCAUUGACUGCUUCUUCACUACGCAAUGGAUAUUCUCAAGACAACAACAUGGUCGUUUUCUUUGCUCGCGGAGCAUAUGAAAAAUUAUCGAACUGUUGCCCGGAUCCAUCUGCCGACGCUGCCACUGUUAGAAGCUUGGCCACAGUUCAAGGAGUAGUUAUUGGACCAUAUUCUUCAAAACCCCAACUUGAUGCAUUGACUGGUUCUAAUUCAAUAGACGCGAAUUCCAUCAUUGGAACUACAGCACUGGAUACUGCCGACAAUAGAGCCUCUGUUGCCAAGCAAAUAUCAGAUGCUAUUCUACCAAAAAUCAACAGUUUCAUAAAUAAUCAGUAUUGUCCUGGAAUUCCACAAUUUGUGAACCCACCUUGUGAAGACCCCAUCGACACUCUUAUCCUUCUUCAUGCCGACGACAAAAAUAACUGGAAUUCUAUCCUCAACUUCACAGCCAACCAACUCGUCCCAGAUCUGUUAGGAGCUACAGGAUCAUCUUCCUCUCGAGCCCUCACCACUUCAACACCAAUGAACUUUGCCAUCGCCUCCUAUUACUAUCUCGAUGUUCUGAUUCAUGCUGAUUUCAACUAUUUGUACAGCCCAUCAGAUUAUCAAAGUUUGAUAAAAUCAAUCACAUUCCGAGCAACUAAAGGAACUGCAACACUUUCCACAGCCUAUAAAAAAGCUAUCGAGAUUUUCCAAGAUGGAAGAGCAUUUGCUAGUAAGAACGUGAUUUUGAUAACCGAUACUAUGGAUAUCAGUGAUAUGGAAAACGCGUUUUCGGAACACGAUGCUAUGGUUCAGCUUGUUGGAGGAUACACAUCUGCUUUGACAAUCAACACAAACACUAUUCCAGGAGCAGAUUACCAAAUUAAUAUCAAUCAGCUAAACAUAAACAACAAAUACUCUAACAGGCAACUCGCCAACUCUCUUACUCAACACACUUGCACCUAUCUUCCAAUGCAACCACCAACUUCACCGCCAGUACCGCCAAGCCCUACUCUACCUGGACCGAUUCCUACCGUCAAAGCUAGAAACGUCUGGCCUGAUAUCACAAUUCUUGUUGACACUUCCAUCAGUGCUGAUAAUGCUAUGAGUGAUUUGUUGUUCGAAAAGUUGCGUGCCUUCCUCGAUAUUCUUCUUGGCAAGUACUCGGUCGGAGAAAAAGGAUCCAGAUUUACGAUCGCAACUUAUAAUGGAGAUAGCGUUCAGUACUCUUGCAUUUUUGCACAAAUCAACAAUUAUUACGAUUUGAGCUCCUGUAGAAAUGAGCAAUUUUCUUUCUUCUCGAAAACGCAUCAGACGUAUAGAAAUAUUGCCAGCGCUCUGUCGAACAUUCGUCAAAAUGUCUAUGAAAACUCUACCUCUGGAUAUAGAUCUUUGAAUGAAAACUUUUUGAUUGUGUUCACGCUUGGAUCAUCGUCUUCGCCGUUUUCUCAAGAGCUUUCCAACAUUCAACGCAAAGGAAUCAGAACUAUUGCAGUCGGUCUCUCUUCAAGCAUGUCUAAUACGCAACUGUCUGCAUUUGCUCAAUCUGCGUAUAUGGUUCCAACUGGAACUCUUCAUACACCGGCAUCGAUACCAAUUAUGAUCUUGCUGAUAGGAUUUAUCAGACAACAACCAAAAAAAGAACUUGACCAGUACGUUAGUUCAUGGAAAUCAUCACUUUCUUCAUCGUCAUACACUGCAAAUGUUGGAAGUGCAAUUCAAUAUGUUUCUAAUAUGAUUGGAACCACUGAAGAUCGGCCCACUUAUAUUGUUUACGUAAUUGGAGGGUCAAAUCUCACCGGUACAUCGUAUUCCAAGCAACUGCUCAGCAACUGUCAAUUGUAUGCUGCAAACUACAAUAUCAGCACAGCUUCUAGUUACAACGAUUUGGUCACUUCUCAAAACAAUAUUUUCUCCGUUUCGUCAAGUAACAGCCUUGUUGAUCGAGUUGCUCCAUUUGAUGUUACUUCUCCAAAUCCCAUUUUGCAACUUGCCGCUGCUAUAAAUGAUAAUCAACAAGCUAAGGAUUCCGUCAGUUUCCCGACUUCUUCUAUUGCUGCUGAUAUCAUUUUGUUACUGGAUGAAACUGGCCUAACUGAUUCUGACUUCUCUAAUAUGAAAAAGUUCCUGCAAGAUUUCACUUCUCAGUUCACAGUUGGUCCAACUUCAACGCAAUUUGCUUUACAGACUUACAACGGAAGAACAAUUCCUCACGACGGAUUCCACUUGUUCGAGUCAACCAGCAAUAAUGUGGUCAACCAAAGGAUACAACAACUGACAUUGGCCAAAGCCACGGAAAACUCAACUGACGCCGAUUUGGCAGGUGCUAUUGAACAAGAAGUAUUUUUCUUCCUUACCGAGGCUAACGGUUGGAGAGAUGAUGUAACGACGUAUACAAUUAUUCUGUCCCACGCCGAUAGCUUCUACACAAGAGACACUUCCACAGCGAUGCAAGUGAAGAACAUGACGACGGUGUUUGCUCUUGGAUUGAACAACAUGCGUUUUGAUUAUGUUCGAAAUUUCACAAAUACUGGUUUCUAUGAGACUGUUAACAACGUAUCUUCGCUCUCGAUCAACUCCCCUGCUGUUCAGGACUUGAUUCAUUUCUUGGAUAAUGGUUUCAAAAGAAAAGAUUACAAAUCUUCUGUUUAUCCUGAGCCAAUUCCUGUAAAAGAUGCGGUGAAAGCUGAUUUCAUAUUUUUGGUGGACAAUACAUUGGGGUCAGGAUUUACUCCAAAUGUUCGAAGUUUCCUGAACAGUUUUGUCGAAAAUGUUGGAAACUUUUCAACAUCUGGAAACGAUACUAAACUAGCCCUUGUCACAUACGGGAAAUCGGUCAACACGGCUUGGAACUUAGGCGAUUUGCAGGACAUUAUUUCUCUAAAAAAUCAAAUUUCCAAAUUCCAAAUUGUUACAUCAGAUUCUGGUUCAAGUAAUUUACGAAGAGCAAUUGAUUCUGUAAUUCUAAAUGAGCAGUCAUUUGGAGUGGCUAGCAACCGACCCAAUUAUAUAAUUGUUAUUUCUGGAUCGCAAACAAUAUCACCAAAUAUUGAUGGCGCAACAUCAAGGCAUCUCAACACUAGAUACUCAACUUUUGUCAUCCAAACCAACUUUGACAACACAACUUACACUUAUACACCACAGGUUCUUGGAACGCAAAUGGGCUCCGACAGAGUAGCACACAGUCCCGAUUUGCAGUACGGAAACUCACGAUUAAAUGGACUCGAACCGUGGAUUUCUAAAGAAUACAUGGCCUGGGCAUUGACUUUCCCGGAGACAAUUUGA